AGAAACUAUAAACUAAAAAAGGAAAUUAUAAAUAAUCUAAGAAGAAACAAUACCUGACGAUUUAUAAAAAAAGCCAAAAUCAAAUAUUGCAAUAGUAAAUAUUUCAUAAAAUGAGACAUUUAUAUAAGAGUAUAAACUCAAUAAAAAAAAAAAAAACACAUAAAACAAAAAUUAAAAAAAAAAAAAGAAAUGAACGAAAAAAAAGCCGAAUAUAAAAAAAUCCAUUAAUUAGAGGAAUUUGAAAUUUUAAACGAAAAAUCAACAAUAGUAAAUUGCCAACAUGAAGUAUUUUUCCCAUAAGACUAUAUAUUCACACGUAAAUACAAAAUUCCGCAAAAAAAAAAAUAAAAAAAAUAGCAAAACCAAAAAGACCUGCUGCAAAGCAAUAUCCAUUUACCCUUGAUCAUUUUUAAAGAAAAGCAAUAUCCUGUAUAGAAUAAAACGAGUCAGUUUUAGUCGCUGCUCAUACUUCAGCAGGUAAAACAGCCGUUGCAGAAUACGCAAUUGCCCAAUCUUUAAGAGAAAAGCAAAAAGUAAUAUACACAUCGCCUAUAAAAGCCUUAUCUAACCAAAAAUACAGAGAAUUAUAGAAAGAAUUCAAAGAUGUAGGUUUAAUAACAGGAGAUGUUACAAUUAAUUAGACUGCAAGUUGUCUAGUAAUGACAACAGAAAUUUUAAGAAGUAUGCUAUAUAGAGGCUCAGAAAUUACGCGAGAAGUGGCAUGGGUUAUUUUUGAUGAAGUGCAUUAUAUGAGAGAUAAAGAAAGAGGUGUUGUAUGGGAAGAAACAAUAAUUUUAUUAAAUUAAAAUGUUAGGUAUGUUUUUUUAUCAGCAACUAUACCUAAUGCAGGUGAAUUUGCAGAAUGGAUAACUAGAAUUAAAAAAUAACCAUGUCAUGUAGUCUAUACAGAUUACAGACCAGUUCCUUUGUAACAUUUUAUAUUUCCAACAGGAGGAGAAGGUUUAUAUUUAAUUGUUGAUUAAAAAGGUAAUUUUAGAGAAGACAAUUUUCAAAAAGCAUUAUCUGUAAUGGGUGAUAAUAUAGAUUUGGUAAAUUUGGAUAAAAAGAAAAGAAAAAAACCUACUGAGGGUGCCGAUUUGAAUAAAAUAUUGAAAGUAAUUGUAAAUAAAGGACUUGAUCCAGCUAUAGUAUUUUCUUUUUCAAAAAGAGAUGUUGAAAGUUAUGCUAAAUCGAUGGGUUCAAUGGAUUUAACAAGUCAAGAAGAAAAAGAAAAAAUAGAUAUGUUUUUUAAUGGAGCGAUUUCUUAAUUGGCUGAAGAAGAUUAAAAAUUACCUUAAAUAAUUUAGAUUUUACCAAUUUUGAGGAGAGGUAUAGGAAUGCAUCAUGGAGGUUUACUUCCUAUUGUAAAGGAGAUUAUUGAAAUUUUGUUCCAGUAAGGACGGAUUAAAAUACUCUUUUCAACAGAAACAUUCUCUAUGGGAGUUAAUAUGCCUGCAAGGACUGUAGUAUUUACAUCAGUAAGGAAAUUUGAUGGAGAAGAUUUCAGAUGGAUUCAAGGAGGUGAGUAUAUUUAAAUGUCAGGAAGAGCUGGAAGAAGAGGUAAAGAUGAUAAAGGUUUCACUAUUCUUAUGGUAGAUUAAAAAAUGGAACCUGAUGUUGCAAAAUAAAUGCUAAAGGGAUAAUCAGAUCCCUUAAAUUCGGCUUUUCACUUAUGUUAUAAUAUGUUAAUUAAUUCAAUGAGAUUAGAGGAUACUGAUCCUGAAUAUAUAAUAAGAAGGUCUUUACUAUAAUUUUAAAAUGAUAAAUAAUUGCCUGAAAUGGAAAUUAAGCUCAUACAAUUAAAUAAAUAAUAUAAUGAAAUAAAUAUUGAAUAUGAGGGUUAAAUAUCUGAAAUUUAAGAAAACCAACCUGAAGAAAUAAUUGUAGUUGAUAUAAUGAUACAUAUAAAAAAAAGAGCUAAUAAUGAAGAACCAAAGCCAGCUAAAAUAAAUGAAGAUGGAGAAUUAGAAGUGAUUCCAAUGAAUUUAUCAUGUAUAACAGAAUUAAGUAGUAUUAAAUUAGAUUUACCAUCUAAGUUAGAUACAUAAGAAAAUAAAAUGAUGAUAAAAGAAACUUUAAAAGAAAUACAUUAAAGUUUUACUGAAAAUAUUCCUACAAUUCAUCCUAUAAAAGACAUGAAAAUAAAUAAUGAAUAACUUGACAAAAUAAUAGAUAAAAAAGAAAAGCUAAAGGAAAGUAAAUCUAAAUCAGAAAAAAAACUCUUAAUUAAAAACGUUUAGCAAUAAAUAUAAAAUUAUGAAAAAAAAAUUAAAAUUAAAACGUAAAUUGAAAAACUUAAAAUAGAAAUUGAAAAAAAUAAUAAAAUUGUUCUAGAAGAAAAUUUAGUAUUUAUGACUAGGGUUAUGAGAAGACUAAGUUUUUUAGAUAAAGAAUAAAUUGUAUAAUUAAAAGGUAAAGUUGCAUGUGAAAUUUCUGCUUGUGAUGAAAUUUUAGCUACAGAGCUUUUAUUUGCUAACUUCUUUAAUGAUAUGACUCCUAAUUAAAUAGCAGCUGUACUUUCUUGUUUAGUUCAUGAUGAAAAUUCAAAUUAAGACAAUUAAUAAAUACAAGAUAAAGAUUUAUCUAAAUAUUUUGAUAUUAUUAUAGACCAUGCAAAAAGAAUAUAUAUAGUAAUGUAAGAAUCUAAAAUGGAAAUAGAAGAAAAAGAUUAUCUUUCAACUAUAAAACCUUAAUUAAUUGAUGUUGUUUAUAAAUGGGCUUAAGGAGAUUCUUUUUCGGAUAUUUCUAAGCUUUCAAAUUGUUAUGAAGGAUCAAUUAUCAGAAGUGUUAGAAGAUUAGAUGAAUUAUUAAAAUAAAUGGAAAAAGCAUGUGAAAUUAUAGGAAAUGAAAUUUUAUAAUAAAAAUUUAAAGAAGCAUCUAAAAAUAUUAAAAGAGGAAUUAUUUUUGCCGCAUCAUUAUAUAUUUGA